AUGAGUGGAAAUGGGCCGACGCACGUCCACUUUCAGACCUCCGUGGGGAGCUUCACGGUCGAGCUGUACUCACAGCACGCCCCCAAGUCGUGCCACAACAUGGGAGAGCUAGCACGAAGAGGCUAUUACGACAACACCAUCUUCCACCGAGUGAUCAAAGACUUCAUGGUGCAGGGGGGAGACCCCACUGGGACGGGACGGGGGGGAGAGUCCAGUUUCGGAGGGAAGUUCGAGGACGAGAUUCGGCGAGACCUCAAGCACACGGGAGCGGGCGUCGUUUCCAUGGCCAACUCCGGACCGAACACGAACGGCUCUCAGUUCUUUGUGACCCUGGGACCAACGCCGUGGCUUGACGGAAAGCACACCAUUCUAGGUCGAAUCUCGUCGGGCAUGAAGGUGGUGCGGCGGAUGGGAAUGGUGGCCGUGAACUCGGAGGACAAGCCCCUGCAGGACAUGCGGAUAGUCCGCGCGAAACCCCUGGUGCUUGCGCCGGGGGAGGACGGGCCAGGGGAGCAAUGA